AUGGCGCACGCACUCAUCCACGUCCUGCCCCCCGAAACCCUCUCCGAAAUCUUUCUCUUCUGCCUCCCCUCGGACGACUUUGUCAAGAUCAGCAACAAACACGCCCCACUCGUCCUCACCCUUGUCUGCUCUUACUGGCGGCGCGUUGCCAUCGCCUCGCCCCAGCUCUGGUCCUCGCUGCUCGUGCACGACAAAUUACGCACAGACACCUUCCCCCUUAUCGAUACCUGGCUCGCGCGCUCAGCAGACCGCCCCCUCAAGCUCGCGCUGAUGCUCUACGACGGCGGCGAGCACCGCCGCUCCAUCGCGCAGGGCCUCCUCAACCGCCUCGUCGUGCACGCCACCCGCUGGCAGGAGAUCCACCUCCAGCUCCCGCGCAAAACCUACGCCAUCCUCUUCAAGCGCCUCAAGAAAAAGUACCAGACGAAGCGGCGCCCGCUGCAGCUGCCCUUCCUCGAGACGGUCACGAUCCACACGUCGAACGACGAGGGCCGCGGCGUCGGCGAGAUGUUGUGCAGCGUCCUGCAGGCCGCGCCGCGCCUGCGCUCGCUGUUCUGGGCGGACUUUGGGUGCAUGUCGUGCACGAUCGACGUCCUCCCGCAGAGCGCGGGGCUCAUGGAGCUCCUCCUCGACAUGAACCUCACCGUCAACCAGGCUCUCUGCAUCCUCAGCCACUGCCCCCAGCUGCGCGAGUGCACCUUCGGCGCGCUCCGCCUCUGCGACGCCGCCCCGCCCCCAGAAUCGCCGCUCCUCCUCCCCCAGCUGUCCUCGCUCACGCUGCACACGUGCCAGGACCUCAGCGUCCUCUUCGACUACGUCACGCUCCCCGCGCUGCGCAGCUUGAGCAUCCAGUACGUGGCGGACAACAUGGAGGGGCACGCGUUCUUCACUGCGUGGCCUGUCGCGGAGUUUGCGGGCAUGCUUUGGAGAAGCAGGUGCCCGCUCGAGUCCCUCCAGCUGCACGCGAUCGGCAUGGAUGAGUGGGCCCUCAUCCAGUCCCUCCAGCCCGUCGAGCACUCUCUCAAGCGCCUGCGCAUCCGCAACUUUGGCCCCGCAUCCGUGAAGGACCACCUCCUCCGCCUCUGGACGAACGCGCCCGCCAUCGCCGACACACUCGACUCCAGCCGCCCUACUUCUCCCUUCCCCUCCCACUCCACCUCUUCCUCAACAGCAGCAGCCUUCUGCCCCAGCCUCGACAUCCUCGAGCUGCACGAGUGCAUCGACGCGUCCGCCGGCGUCCUUGCCGCCAUGGUCGCCUCCCGCACGCACACCGUCGCCCUUCGCACUCUUGCGGACGCCACGCCCCUGCGCCACGUCGCCGUCUCCGGCGGCUGCAUGGCGGACUACCGCGCGCUCUGGAAGAUGAAGAAGGACGGCGCCCUGGUGCCUGACCUGCAGAUGGACCUGCGCAGCUUCUGA